AUGCCGACCAACGCGAACCGGCCCUUCCUCUCCAACUUCCUCGCCGCCUUCCGCGCGCAAUCCGCCUUCCAAAGCGCCGCGCCCUCUCCUCCUCCGCCUUCCUCCACCUCGACCAAAUCCACAACAGCCCAGUCCGCAGCCUACACCACAUCAUCAUCCCCAUCAGCCGCCGCCGCCGGCUCCCCCUACGACCAGACAGCGUCGCGGACAACCACAACAACAACAACAGCCAAGCCCAACAACAACACAGCAACCGCCGCCGUCUCCGCCACCACGCAACAAUCCUCCUUCUCCCCCUACGGCAAAUCCCCCAAUUCGCCCGCCGGCACCCCGCCGCAGAGCAGCUACGCCAGCAACAACAACAGCAACUACAGCUCCAACUACAACAACGGCGCCGCCUACCCAAACGCCGGCGGCUACCCCAUCCCCUCGUCCUCGUCCUCGCCGUCGCGCCACCGCCGCGGCUCCGACAGCAGCUCCGACGGCGGUUUCCGCGAGCGGACGGGCAGCGCCGGCGGUGGCGGUGGUGCUGCUGCUGCGAUGCCCGAGAAGUGGUAUAUUGGUGGGAGGACGCCGGGCGGGGAGGAGAGGUUUUACAAGCUGGGCAUGGUGAGGAGGAUGAGGAGUAGCGAUCGGUUGAGUUUGGAUAGGCUGAGUUUGUGA